UCCAGAUUUAAUCUUUUAGAAUUUUGGCUAAAUUGUAUACUAAGAAAAAAAUCAAUUUGAUUAUUUUAGAAUUGUACUAAAAAGCUGUUAAUUACACUACAUCAGAAUUACUGUGACACCAUGUUCAUGAAAGCAACAUUUGUAGAGCUUGUGAAAUAUAAAUGGCUGCAACGGGAGAAUUUGAGCAUCUGUCUGCAGAGUCUUCGCUUCGUGUUUGCUUUAGAGCUUACCUUAUGGCCAAAAACAUCCUUCUCAAUGUCAUCUCAGUACAUCAUUACAACCUGAGUGUCAACAUGGAACCUGCUUAUAGCACACACACACCCCUUCCCUCGCUAACGUGCCUGUUUCCAGUCAAACUAGACGGGCCACAUUCUGUCUGCUAAAAGCCAUAAAGCCACAUACCAACGCAAGUCAAAGUAUCGGCUGAGGAACACCGAGCCAGUCCCAUUUGAUGUUGGUGCAUUCAGCUAGUAGCUGUGUAUGUGGACUGGCACUUUCAAGGACUUACCGCAACUCUUCAUUUGGAAAUAAUUUGUAUGUGUAAACUUUUAUGAAGUGUUGAGUGAGAUGGAGGGAACCCAACAACUUGUUGUCCAUGUAGGAUCUGAGCGUGUCUGUCAAAUGGAGAAUAUGAGGGUAGAGAGUCUGGCGGAGGCGUCGGAGAGAAAUGCACCACAGAGGGUGCUCUUCACGUACUACCAGGGGGACAUCAACAGUGUGGUGGACGAGCACUUCUCACGCGCCCUCAAAAAGGCCAAUCUCCCCAAAGACCUCAGCAUCAAAGCCGGCUCUCCCAAAGACCCCCAAGUCAGCAAGCCGCGGAGCAGAACCAAAGCUAUCAAAACAGAGCCACCCACCUCGACAUGGAACCCGUCCAGCCCAGAUUGGUCCAAGAGCCCUUUUCCCUCCAGUUCUGGCCUGGCCCAGUUCUCGUCGGCCGAGAGCCCGGUUGCCUCUCAGGGUGUAAUCAUGGGCCCAGGUGUGUGGAGCUACCCCAACGGACCAGGCGCGGGCUUUGACGUGACCCGGCUCUACCAACUGCCGGGCCCCGCAGAGAGCUCCUCCGGCUCCUUCCUCAGCAUGCUACACAUGGACCGUCCAGCAGGGGGAGUACUCAUGGAUUCCAAGGUGGAGAGUCCAGGCUGGGAUUCACCUUCUGCUUUCAGAGACUCAGUGGGCAACAGGAUCAGCCUAGACUCAGGUGUCCAAGUGCCAGAAAAGACCAAGGACUUGUAUUGGUACUAAAAGAAGAGCCACCUUUUUUCCUUUGUGGGGAGGAUUUAUUUUGACGUUACGGACAUGGGCAUCAAUAAGCUGUUAUCCCACACUGCCCAUUCAGCAGAGAGGCUGGGAGAAUCAAGCCUAAAAAAUGGACUGAAUUG